CUAGUCGUCCAUCUAUCGGACAAAUUCGCAUCGGGUCGGAAAUACCUAAUUAUUUUACUCAACAGAAAUACUAAAAAUUUAGAUUUGCUGCUAGCGAUACCAUAUAAAUCAUAGAAGUCGCGACUCCCAAUCAACCAGCAAUCCUAUGUCUUCUUCUUCGGAGAAGAUUUACACGAAGCUUUUUCUGUUCUCCAAAACCCUAAAAAUGGCGCUCUCUGUGAUUCUCCUGCUCUUCACUCAGCUCCUACUGCUUCAAACUCAGACCACUUUGGCUUUACCUUCCGUUCAACGAGGCGACCAAGAAAUCAAAGCCCUUGCCCGCCCCCAUCACAAAAUUUUUCAUCCACCAACAAACUCCUGCAUCUAUAGGCAUUACCAAGAUCCCCUGACGCUAUCCCCCUGCGACGAAUGCGAUUCCUGGAACUAUACUCCACAGAAGUUCCUGACUGUUGUGGGAACAUAUUACUGCCUGAAAGCCACUGGAGCUGGUCUUCCGGCCAAGCUCGUUAUUGCGUGCGACGUCUCGGAUUCUCAGUGGACUCCGUUGUUGGGAUCGCAGAACGUUCAUCUUUCGACGCAGCUGGCGGACGGAACAGUUCUUUGCUUGGAUGUUGAUGAUGACAAUAACAUAGUGACCAAUCCUUGCAGAAGUUUCAGCAGCGAUUCUGAAGCUGCUAAUGGUGACAGCCAGUGGUUUGAGAUUAACACAUUCAGCUACAGGAAAGCUUAGGGGAGGAAGAUGGUGUUCAUUAAUUACCAUGUCUUGUAAGUAUUAAAUAAUCACUUAGUGUUAAUUUUCAUGUCAAUUAACAGCUUUUGGAGUAUUUUAUGUAAUGUAUGUUUGAUGAAUAGUUGUGUUUUUAUGCGUUGGAUUUAAAAGCUUGUGUUAUUUUUAAUA